UAUAUUUCGAUGUACAUGAAGUUAGUUAUACUUAUUAUUUAACAUUAUUAUUUAUAUUUAUGUAAAUAUUUUUAAACAUUUUGAUAUUAACACAAAUCUUGGAAUCAUGAAGUUAUUAAUUACCUUCGUGAUAGUUUUAACUUUUUCGUCAUUAAUUAUACAUGGAAACAUUAUUCCAAAGGAAUACGACAUAACUACGAAUACAUCAGUUAUCUGUGCAAAUAAAACUGUAAUGUUAAGAUUUUCUACUUUAACAACAAUAGACAGAUAUUUCAUUGCUUCUCCCGAUAUAAGAUGUAUUGACAUAAAAGGCGUUGUUACGAUUAAAGAAGGAACCUUUGAUAACGUGCCAAAUUUAAAAUAUCUUGAUCUCCGAGAAAAUAAUAUUUAUCCAAUUAACUUCUUUUCUUUUGGUAAUCUUUCAAACGUGGAAAUAUUACGUUUCGGUUAUCAAAAACAAAGUUCAAGUUUCAGAAACAAAUUUCAAGAGACAGAAAACAGAAAAAUAGUAAUAAGGAAUGUAUUUCCUGAACUUCGAUAUUUAGAUUUAGAAUAUGCGAAUAUCUAUUCAUUACAUAGUGAAUUAUACAAUCCAUUCCCAAACUUAACACAUUUAUAUAUUUCAGGGAAUAUGAUUCAGCAGUCUUCCCUGAAUGAUAUCUUACCUAACACAUUAAUAUAUCUUAAUUUAAGCGAUAAUGGAAUUUCCGAAUUCUUAUUCGAUGGAUUAAGUAAUCUGUUGUCGUUAACCUUAGAUAAUAAUAAAAUCAGCAGAAUGGGAAAAGAUAUUACUUUGAAUAGAUUGUAUAGAUUGGAGAAUUUAUCAUUGGCGAACAAUCAAAUCAGUUCUUUCGACAAUAAUACAUUUCAAUAUGUGUCCAAUCUUCGAUAUUUAAAUCUACGUAAUACUUCUUCGACUUUUAAUUUCGAUAUAAUUCAACCUUUGAAAUUUUUAGAGACUCUUAUAUUAGAUAAUAAUUCACUCGAGAAUGUUCCGAUUUCGAUACCUUUAAAUAUAACUACGCUCUCGUUAAAUUGUAACAAAUUAAGGUAUCUAACGUACAGCUCUCUCGUCAACAUGCCGAAUUUAAGAAAAUUACACAUUAGCAGAAAUAUAAUUUCAAGCAUCAAUGUAGACACAUUUGAAACUCAAAAGCUGUUAGAGGAGUUAUAUCUUGAUGAUAAUUAUUUAAGUUUUUUGCCAAGAAAUUGGUGUGAAUUUAUGAGGAAGCUUCGAUAUUUAAAUCUGUCAGGGAAUAAAUUCACUUCUUUAGAGAUGGUGAUUUAUAGUUCUACUUUGCCCAUAGAACAAUUAUAUUUGGAACGCAAUCCUGUUCAAUCUAUUAAUAUGUCAAGUAUAUUGCAAAUAAUACCAAAAAAUAUGACAAUUUAUUUAAAGAUUGGUUCAGAAGCUAACAGAACGUCAUGCAUACCUUUUAUGCAUACCGAAACGAGUACAAAUUUACCAUUAACGUCUCAGUAUACAAACUCGUGGAAGUCAUCAAUACCGUGGUAUACAACAAGAAGAUGUAAAACAAUAGAAGCAAUUUCACUACAAAAUAAUGAAAUAAGUAUAGUUCCUAGCCAUAUAUUUUACGAAACUCCAAAUUUACAGUGUCUUGAUCUGUCACGGAAUAAAAUUUUGCCGAAUAAUCUUGAAAUGAAACAUAAUCGUUUGCAAACGUUAAUUCUCGAUUAUCAAAAGAAUUUACAAAGUAAUAAAAAUGAAAUACUUUUAUCGCAAAAUACCAUGUUGUUCGUGCGAUCAUGGCCAGUGUUACUCGGCGCGAUUCUUCUUCGUUUGCGAUUGGUAUAUGGUGGACAAUAUCGGCCACAAUAUGACAAAUAUCAUCCAUACGAUGACAAUAAUCAACCCAUAUUUUCCCACACCAAUGCACCACCAAUGUACCAAAUGUCGAUUCCUCCGUGUAAAAAAUGUGAACCACCAAUAAUACAAUACGAGGAGUGUAAAUCAAAUUCGAUACUACAUUUUGAGCGCAUUGGUAUAAAAACAGUUCGCGACUUUUUCGUUAAUAGCGAAGAAGUAAAAGAGCUGUAUCUCGACGACAACGAGAUCACGGAAAUCUCUACUAAAGCUUUCGACUCGUUGACCAAGCUGAAUGUUCUAAGCCUGAGUAACAACAACAUUUCCAUUGAUAAAAUGCUAUGGUUCAACCAGCAUGAUAAUUUGCGGGAUUUGAUUAUAAAUAACAACAAGUAUAAUGGGAAUGAAACUGUUAUAGAUAAAAUAUUCCAUCCAUUACCGAAAUUGAAACGUUUGUCCUUAAAAAACAACGGAAUUUCUAAGUUGAAUAUCUCGUUAAAAAAAUUCGCACCCUCUUUGAAGUCGUUGGAUCUAUCGGGAAAUAAUAUUGAAUCGAUCGAUUUUAUUAAUUUACCGGAAACCAUCUCUUAUCUGAAUUUACAUAAUAACUUGUUUUCGGAUAUAAAAAAAACUUUUUUAUACAAUAUUGAAAGUUUAUCGGUAAGUAACAAUAAGAUCAAGGAAUUGUGCAGUGUAAAUUGCAAACAGCAUUCCUCCUUGUCGUUAGAAGAGAUGAGAAAAUUGUUGAAUCUGAACGUAUCCGGUAACUGUAUCAACACUGUUACGGAGAACGCGUUUAGAUACACGACGAAUCUUGUCUCGUUGGAUCUAUCCAGAAACGAGAUAGAAUCGCUUCCAGAGAACAUUUUUAGAGGUUUAGAGUCCCUGUUGGAACUUCGAAUGAGCCACAAUCGAUUUAUUUCCAUUCCGAAUAUAUGCGCGUUACGUUCGGUAAAACACGUGGAUUUGAGUCAUAAUCGAAUCGUGGAAAUAACCAGCGACAGCUUCUGUUUCACGACGUUCAUUGUAUCGCUAGAUUUGUCCAAUAAUCAUAUCUUGAAUAUCAACAAUAAUUUCGAUAAACUGCAAACGUUGCAGAAACUCGAUCUUUCGAACAAUUUUAUCAGUAAACUUCCGAUAAUGUUGAUUCAAAGGACACAAUUUCUCGAAAUUCUUUUGCUGAAGAAUAAUAGCAUAACGAACAUCGACGAGCUGUUUUCUUUGCAAUUGAGAACAUUACGGGAACUACAUCUUGAAGAAAAUCCGUUUUUGUCCCUGAGAUUUAACGAUUCAACGAUAUACGUGAAAGAACAUAGAGAAAUCAAGAAUUGUGAUAUGGAAAUUGCUGAUAUAUUAAAAAAGCAAGAUAAAAGUAUCGAAGAAGAUAAUUCUUUGACCGAAAGCAAUGAAAGUGACUACUUAUAGUCUCAAUGAACUUUUACGUCUUUUUCUCGUUUUUCGACGAGAAACGAUCCUUUUCACGAUAAAUUGAAAAGUCGAGCAAUAUUUGGAAAUGAAUUAUUUUUGGAAGAAAAUGCAGACAUUAUAUUUAAUGAAGUAUACUGCCAAUAAUAAAGAAUCUAGAAGAACAGUCAUCGCUAUUUUUAGAUUUUUAUGUAUUUUUAAUUUUUCAAUUUGCUUACAUUCAAUUUACUUUUAUACAGCUUUGUUUUAAACCUUUUUUUAUUAUUUUUUUAUUAUUUUUGUCAUUUUUAUUAAUUCUAAUCGUUCAUUACCACAUGCGCAUCGAAAUAAUAUCAGUUUUGCUACUAAUAAUUAAGACUAUCACUAAUCUUAAUUCUUUGAUAUUAUGUGAAGCGUAGAAUGAAAAAAAUAAAAUAAAAAAUAUCAUCAAUAUAUCAUCA